UAUGGAUCGUUUUUAUAAAAAUAAACUCAUCAAUGCUUCUCAAAAAAUGAGGUCUGAUAACAACACUGGAUAUGAAGCUUCAGGAAGUGAAUUACUAGAAAAUUCUUUUAGCAGCACAAUAAGGAAUGAACUCGAGAAUAAUUCUGGGGACAGUAAACAAAAUUAUUUCAACGGUGAGUCUGCCAGCAGCUGGGGAAAUAGAAUGAGAGACAAACAUUUGAAAACACUUAACUCUCACCUCCACAAUAAUUCUUUCAGUAGAGGUGAAUUUGGAAGUUCACAAAAUUCUCUCAAUUCACUUUAUCGAACAAAAAUGUUUUGUGAGAACGACGAUUCUGAACUACGUAAUUUUACUGAGAUGAUGAAGGAAUCUUUUCGGCAAAAUAGAUUGAGAGAAGAACAAAUUGCAAGGGAGAUAAAGGCCUCUAAUGAAAGAAAGCGAAAGCUCGAAUUGGAUUCUUUUGAAGAUAUCCAGGAUGAGAUGAACAUUGCUGAUUUUUUUAGUUGUUCGACGAAUGACAACAACAGGAAGACUUCUGAAAAAAAAUAUAAACGACAAAAAAUGGGUGUAGUGAUUAUUAAUAAGGGUGGUGUUAUUCAAUUUGGCAAUGAUAAAUCACGUAAAAACAAGUGUGCUGACUCUUCGUCAUCGUCAUCAUCAUCCUCUCCAGAAAAAGAAGUGAAAAAAGAGCUAAAGGAACAAAAAAAAUCCAUCAAUAAGUUGGUGGAAAUGAUGGAACAAAUGCAGAAACAAGUUCAAGCAUUGUCAAUGAGUUCUAAAAAUAACGGGUAA